AUGAGUUUCGGAUCUGAAGCCACACCACUUAAGAAUUACUACAAGACUCUUGGUGUUCGGCAGAGCGCUACGACCAAGGAAAUUAAGGAGGCAUACAGAGCGCUCUCUAAAAAAUACCACCCUGAUAUCGCUGGCGACACCCCCGAAAUCCGGUCGAAGUUCGUUGAAAUAAAUGAGGCAAUAUCAGUUCUGGGAAAUGAAGCGAGUCGAAAAGAAUACGAUUUUCAGCGCAAACUCAACUCAUUUAGUGUAAUUGAAUCCGGGUACAAAAUGGAGUAUACCAAACCGAAUUCCUCUGACCCUGUUCUCAUCGCUGCCUACGAGGAAGAAAUGCGGAGGCGGUGGAAUGAAAGAUUGGUGGAAUGGAUGAAAGGACAGGGUGAAUACGAACUCGAACGCGGGCACCAUGUGAAACCCCUGCCGUCUUUCAUGAGUUAUUCCUACGUCUCAACUGAAGACGCCAAAAUUAGAUAUCUCUGCAUUUUCGGCUUACUUGUAUUCAUCGCAUCGCUAAUCUACGUAUACAAGGACAUAAAAGCCGCCUCCCGCAACAAACCCCGACGAACAAAACCAAGCGCUGAACAGACGACGCAGAUGUAG